CUAUAGCCGCAGACGGAAUGCUCAAGCAGAGUGUCCCCGUGGAUUAUAUGCUCAGUCGGAUGUGAGCCCCACGCGUACGUGUAGUUGAACUUGUGGUGGGCACCGUGGGUGCACACAGGUAAGAAGCGUGGCCGUGGACUCUGAUGGCCCUGCCCCAUUACAUGGGACACACAGCUCUUGUACUAGCAUUGAUGCUGAUAUGGAAGCUGCAGGCUGAAGGCGUAAAACAUGACAAGGGAGUGUGCAGUGCAACAAAUAACAACCUGGAAUUUAAAUCAGAACAGUUCCAAGGAGGUAGAUAUCGGCGCAUUGCUUGUUCUAAAGGUCAGAAAAGAAUAGCUGGCAAAUCCAACUUGAUUGAUUGUAACAAGCAUUUGAUACAUGAAUUACAAAUCGAUACAAUUUGUAAAACAACCAAACAAAUUCAGACUACACCACUACCUCCUCGUUCAGUAGUACCAUCCACUCAAUCAUCAAGUACUUUGGGACCAUAUACACACACAAUGGCUAGCAGCUCUGCAUCUCGGGCAGAUUCAAGUACUGCUUCUGCAGCAAAGACUAUUCAGACUGAAUUAACACAAAAAGUAACAACCAUGUCAUCAGCUGCGGAGAAAACACAGCCAUUUAGUAUUGGUACAUCGCAGACCAAAACUUCAACUAAUCCAACUCCCACAAUAACUGAUGAUGCCAUGAAUAUGACCCUGGAUAAUGCAACCACUGUCCAAACAUCUGACAUUAUUGAUUACUACAAUAAUGUUAUUUCUGGAGUAGGUAGCGGUUUUGGCAUCAUCAUUAUCAUUUUAGUUUCAUUGUGUAUUGUUGUAAUCAUACGUAGAAGGAACAGAAAUAGGCAAACAUAUACUGAAGGCAAUGACGUAGAGCUGACAACUUUCAUGUCUACCGAGCAAGGUGCACCAAGAAGAGAGGAAUGA